AUGCGUGUCUCAGGUUCCAAGAGCAAGGCCCGUUGGGCGUCGUCGGGUCGAAUCCAGCGGCAGGCAUCCGUGUGCAUACCGUGGUACGAGGAGGACCAGUGGUACCAGGAGCCGCAGUGCAGUUACUGGCCCAGCCCGCCCCUGAGGAGGCUCAGCGUACCGGCGCGCCUAACGCCCCCAGCUCCAUUGUCGACGUCGCCCCGUCGGGACCUCUCGGGCGAGGGCUGGUCCGAGGUUCCCGCUUCGCUGAGGGAGUCGGCGAGCACCGAGAACCCGGGUCUGCUGGAACAGAGCCUCGACCGGAUGGCUCGCAGGUUGCUGCUAAAAUCGCGCUCCUUGGAAGAGGAGCCCACGACGGGCGGCUCCGUCGUCUGCUACAACGACAUCGGCAGCAAGGAGGCCGUCGAUUACGAGGAGUCACUCUCGUCGCCGGGCGCCCUGACGCCCGAGAGCGACGACCCGAGCGAAGAAGACGCCGAGACCGUGAGGAUGCAGUACCGGCAACUGUGGCAGCUCAGGGCCACGUUCGAGGAAGAGGAGACCACGACCGACUGCUUCGAAGAGCUGUCCGCGGCCGACACCGCGUCGCACGUCAUCGAGGGCGAGGAAGAGGACCGGAGGCUCCUGCAGCAGCACCGCAACACCGGCUUCAGCACGUCCCAGGAGUCCGAGGCCGCCGACGAGCAACAGACCAGGUCUUCCGGCGGAAGGAUACCGAACGUGCCAAGCGAGGUGAGGCGUCACAACUACCAGGUCCUGCUGGCCCGCCGGCUGCAGCGAAGGGUCGAGAAAGGUUCGGCCGACAACAGUUUCGACAGCAUGGAGACCGACUGUUCCUCGACCGACGCCAGCCGGACCGAGGGCGGCGUGACCACCUCCUCGUUCGACUCGACGACCGACAACACGGACGGCGGCGGCGGAGGGACGAGCGGCGUGGACGGUCAGGGCCACGCAUCUCGGCUUCAGCAGAUGAAGGCCGACAGCGGCUACAAGUCCAUGGAGAGCAGCAACGGCAACAAGCCGGCCAAGCUGAGCCGGAAGCACGUUCCGCUGCAGGAACUGCAUGCCGCGUCCGCCGGAAGCAGCGGCGGACCUUCGUCUUCCAGGAGGUCGGCGCUGCGCAAGAGACGCCAACUGGAAGGCGGACUCUUGCAGAUGAGGGCGCGCUCGGAAGAGGCGCCCGCUUCGGCGUCGUGCUCGUCGAACCUGGGUUCGGGUCUGACGGCCGCGGAGGCGGCCGAGGCCCUCCAGUCUUCGAGUCUCUCCUCCGAACCGCUGGGUUCCCUGCAGCAGGAGACCCAGGGCAAGGUGUCCGUGUUCCAGAGGUUCUUCCGCUCCACGCGCCGCACGAGCAGCGCCCGCUCGGCCUCGUCCUCAAACUCGGCCUCGAAGCGCGUGCUGAUGCGAGACUUCAGCAUCGACCCAAAGACUGACGCGCUGUUCCGCGAGUUCUCGAGGCGGGAUCCCGCUUACGACUCGCCCCGCAGCUGCUCUUCCUCGGGCCAGGGUGCGAGCCCGAGGCUUGGUUCUUCCAAGCUGCUCUCGCCUCAGCUCAGCAUCGAGGAAGAAGAAGGGUCGGAGGACUCGCACUCCGCCAUGGAGGACGACUGGAAGCCCCAGGGUCCCUGCUGCGACGUGCCCAUCGCUAGGUUACCGACGGACUAGAUAUAGGCGGCUCACAGUGGGGGGGUACCCGUGUGACUUGUCAGCGUGGAAAGACGCACGGUCUCGUGACUCAGGUCUUUCUCUUUUCUGUUCACGUUCCACUACGCUUGCCUUCCUAGCGAGGAUCCUUCGAUGGGUGGGAAGCUUGGCUCCCUAUGUAAAUAUUUCCCAUAGCCAGCCACGCGACAUCUUGAACGCCCGAGCAGUGGCAGACGCUCGAAUCUACUGUUUUGAUGUAAAGCUACGGGCCAGUUUCCCACUCGGGGAAUCUUGCAUCGCAGGAGUUCUUAUGAGAAGCACUUCGCUUUACGAGGGAAAAAAAAAGAAAUGAAGAACGACAUCCCGUCAGUCUGCGUGCCAUGAAAUCAGCUGCGAAGGCUUCACAUAACAGUGCCUGUACUGUUGCUGACGAGCUCGUUCGAGACCGCUUGAAUGGAUCUUAAAUUAAGAAAGAGCAGGAGGGGAGUUCGCAAACUCCCUUCACAAAGGCGCACGGAGUAUUUGAGGUGUUUUUAACGAAUGGAAGGACAUACGACAUUGACGCAUUCGUCAUUCGUCGCGACACCUCGCCAGCCUAGGUGACGCGAUGCCCAUUGCAUUUCAUGGUAUAUAGAUUGCCGUGUACAAUAGCUUCGCAUCGCGGAGCCUUUUCAGUGUAGUUCUAGGUACGUGUCAGCCGUGAGCAAGGCGAUUUUGAACGGUUGUCGUGAACUCUCAAGUCAAACAUAUACUUUCGGGGCGCACUCGGAUAAUUCGCGCUCUCGUCUCAGAGGUGCCACUUUUUUGCGUCGUUAGCGUUAACUAUUUGAUAGCAUCCGCAUGUUUUUGUUUCGUUGUUGUUGUUGAAUCAUCAUGAUGUCCUUUGCACGCGCUAUCGCGACUUUUUACACCGCGGGCUCCUAAUUUAAUGCCUUUGUUGUUAACUUUCCUAACGCGCCUUGUUUGAAUAUGUGAUAUGGUAGACGUAUUGUUAGGAUAGUUGGUUCGUCACUCUGGUAAACAUCACUGGAGAGCACGUUAGACAAGCUAGCGAGACUGGGAUCGUGACAAGGUACCUUGUGAUAAACCCUUACUUCUUGCCUUUUGAGCUCUCUAGUGACGUUUGCGGCUGGCAUAUAUAUACCAGAGUGACCCGUUACGCGUAGAAAGUGGUUUCGGAAGAAGAAGAUUCCUUUGUUGUGACUCGUUCACUUAGGUACCCCUUGGUUCAUUUGAACAAUGUUCCAAAUCGCUUUGAGACGUCUGCACGAAGAUCAUGUAUCAAGGGAGUAUCUUUUUUCUUUGCGUAAUACUCAAGAUUGCCGUUGAUUGAAACGGUUAUCCGUAUGUCGAAGAAGCGGUCACAACGCGCUAAGCCUCAUUACGAUCCUGCUGUAUCACUCUCUGUUGACCAAGUUAUAGCGGAACGCUUCGCGCCAGCUUCGCUCAAUGUCUCGAUUAUAGUUGGACGCGCAUUCUUUUUCCCGCACGAAAACGCGAAAGAACUCUCCACAGUGUUCCCCGGCCGAGGUCGGUAGUGCAGAAAGGCUCGCCGCACGGGACUUUACAGAAUCUCGCGAAUCAAAUGUAAAUACUUUUUAUUACUUAAUCUCAGCUAUAUAGUUGUUGUAGCGAACGACCCUUCUUAUCGACCAUGCACAUGUAUAACGCACCAACGUUUGGAAAAUCCUCUCUGUUUUAGCGAGAGGCCUUUCUUAUCUGAUCGACCAACGCAAACGGUGACUGGCAAGGUGUAACCCCAAGUCAUUUCGUUCCAGCUGCGCGUGGUAACUGACAAAAUGAUAAAGGGGCCCUGAGGUGAUUGCUUUAUCGUUUGGCUAGCAUUCGUUGCAUCUGUUACGUCAAGAAGCCAUUUAACGAUAAUUAGAAAAGCACCGCAUCAGGACUAGUAGAUUAAUGCAAUGAUAAUUAACAGGCACACAAACAAGGCACAAGUCAAGGAGAAGAUGGAUGCUUCAGAAACGAAAAAAAAAAUCCUUGAACGAGGGGUCUCGCUGGAGCAAAUGUUUCGACAAGUGAUCUUGUCUUCUAUAAGGCAACAGCUGCCUACCUUUAGGUAGGCAGUUGCUUCCUUGAAGACAAGACCACUUAGGCUGGCAGUUGGGUCUGCCAGGUAGGCAAGACCACUUAGGUGGGCAGUUGGGCUUGCCAGGUAGGCAAGUCCACUUAGGCUGGCACUAGGUCUUGCCAGGUAGGCAAGGCCACGCAGGCUGGCAGUUGGGAAUGCAAGGUAGGCAAGAUCACUUAGGUGGGCAGUUGCAGCCUUGAAGAAGACAAGACCACUUGUGUAGGCAGGUACUGCCUUAAAGAAGACAAGAUCACUUGUAGAAACGUUAGCUCCAGCGAUAUCACCUGUUCAAGGAUUUUUCAACCAGGAUACAACAUACACAAAGUGUGCAGAAUUAGUGCGUCACAUGCUGGUCAAUGUCUUUUUGAGGAGAGAGAGAACAGCCCGCAACUAUUGUCACUGUAGGUUCGAAUCCCUGUUAGAUACUUUAUUUGCACAGGAGAGUACAGCAUGUUCUCACGCGAAUAGUCAUAUAAAGAAGACAACAAAGUGUGAUUUUACAUAAAGUUGGACCUAUGCCACACAUUAAUGCAAUUUCCUCUGGGUUUGCAACAAGGAUGGUUUUGUUUUCUUGACACCAAUUCGUUCACUCUCACCUUUCAUUGUCUACGGCAGAUAAUUUAAGCGAAUGAGUAUUAAUAUAGUUUAUAUCGCACAAUUGUCUGUCGCAGCAAUCACCUCGCUUACUUGCCACAAGGGAAAAAAACUACGCUUACCUUCAUUAACAGUUCUAUUGCACCCCUUGAGAAUGAAAGCACCCUUUGUACACUCAGAAGGGUGUAAAUGUUCAUUUUUAUAUCAAAAGACACUCCCACUUUCACGCCAUUUAUAGCGUGUGCAAUAAUGGGAGUUUCAGCGUACAUUAAGUGGCUGAAAUGGCACCCUUGAAUGAAAAUAAAAUGCAGUUCAGGGCCCCUUUAAUGCUUUGCAUAAUACUCCCAUCUGUACCGCAGUACAACACGCCAGUCUUUUGUUUUGCGGCUGACCGUAGAUGAGUUGACAUUUUAAGCUUACCACUGCUGUACGUGUUCCCAGAAGAUUUCUUUU